AUGCAAAUCAAAGGCGUCCUCUUCACUCUUCCCUUCCUCUCAGCCGUCCUGGCCUCUCCUGCCCCAGCACCCGUUCCAGCACCCGUUCCGGCGUCCGUUCCCAUCGGGUACGGUCAGCAGCUCCAGAACGGCGACCAGGCCAACCACUGGGUCGUCUGGAUUGAGGGCCAAAGCGCCUGCCCCAAUAGCAUCACUCUGAGCAAGCUCACCGAGAGCCCCUGCAACAUCGACUUCUCCUUCAAUGGAGGCACCUACCAUCUCGCCGACUGCGGCAGCGACAAUGAACCGCGCAGUGUGGUCCAGAAUGGCGGUAGCUCGAAGAGCUGCUCUCGCGACAACAGGAAGAUUACCUGCCACAAUAGCAUUCACGACAUUGUGAAGCACGGAAAGUGCACUUAA